AUGCACCUGACAGCCCAUGAGUUCCUGGUCUCAGUCUGUGACGAGGACAAGCUGACCCAUAACGAGUUCAUCGGGGAGACCCGGGUGCCGCUCCGGCGUCUGAAGCCUUCCCAGAAGAAGCAUUUCAACAUCUGCCUGGAACCCCAGAUCCCGCUGGCCUCCCCAUCCGCCAUGUCGGCCGCACUGCGAGGAAUCUCCUGUUACCUCAGAGAGCUGGAGCAGGCGGAGCAGUGGGAGCUGGAGGAGCGGGGUCGGAUCCUGCUGGCGCUGACGUACAGCUCCGAGCGCCGUGGGCUGCUGGUGGGAAUUCUGCGCUGUGCUCACCUGGCCGCCAUGGACGUCAACGGCUACUCCGACCCCUACGUCAAAACGUACCUCAAACCAGACAUGGAGAAGAAAUCGAAGCACAAAACGAGCGUGAAGAAGAAAACGCUGAACCCCGAAUAUAACGAGGAAUUCUUCUACGAAAUCGACCAGUCGGAGCUGGCGCAGAAAUCCCUGGAGAUCACAGUCUGGGACUACGACAUCGGGAAAUCCAACGACUUCAUCGGUGGCGCGACCCUGGGCCUGGACUCCAAGGGCGAGCGGCUGCGGCACUGGCUGGGCUGCCUGCAGAGCCCCGACCAGCGCUGGGAGCAGUGGCACACGCUGACCAAUGAGCUCCCAGAAUCCUCGGCCUUCGCGCCCUGAUUGGCCCUGGGGCCCGCUGCUCCCUGCCUGCUGCUUAAAGGAGCGGGGCCCUUUGCACGAGGACUCUUGCAUGUUUACACGGGGGCGGUAAGAAACCCGCCCCCUCCGUGCUGUGUCUGUCUGGGGGGGCUGUUUGGUUACAUUGGGGGAGGGGCGACACUGACUCCACCCCUCUCAUCCUGUUAUGUAGGGGAGGGGCCUCAUAUGCAAAUUGUCACUUGCUGCAAGAAUAUUAUGCAAAACAGUAUUCAAAUUGGUGGGAAA